GGAGAAUUCCGAGCAGGGCAUGGCUUCCAACAGCAUCUUCGAUUCCUUCCCGUCCUACUCCCAGACCUUCAUCCGCGACCCGAGCACCAGCCGCCGCUUCACUCCCCCCUCCACGGCCUUCCCCUGCGGCGGCGGCGGCGGCGGCGGCAAGAUGGGCGACGGCGGCGGCGCCCUGAGCGCGCAGGCGGCCGUGGGGCCCGGCCGCGCCCGGCCCGAGGUGCGCUCGAUGGUGGACGUGCUGGCGGACCACGCGGGCGAGCUCGUGCGCACCGACAGCCCCAACUUCCUCUGCUCCGUGCUGCCCUCCCACUGGCGCUGCAACAAGACGCUGCCGGUCGCCUUCAAGGUGGUGGCGCUGGGGGAUGUACCCGACGGGACCGUGGUGACGGUGAUGGCCGGCAACGACGAGAACUACUCGGCUGAACUGCGCAACGCCUCCGCUGUCAUGAAGAACCAGGUAGCCAGAUUCAACGACCUGCGCUUUGUGGGCCGCAGCGGGCGAGGAAAGAGCUUCACGCUGACCAUCACCGUGUUCACCAACCCCACUCAAGUGGCCACCUACCACCGAGCCAUCAAGGUCACUGUGGAUGGACCCCGGGAGCCCCGACGGCACCGGCAGAAGCUGGAAGACCAGACCAAGGCCUUCCCCGACCGCUUUGGGGACCUGCGCAUGCGGGUGACCCCCAGCACGCCUAGCCCCCGUGGCUCGCUCAGCACCGCCAGCCACUUCAGCAGCCAGGCCCAGACCCCGGUCCAAGGCACCUCGGACCUGAACACCUUCCCGGACCCCCGCCAGUUCGACCGCUCCUUCCCCGCGCUGCCCACCCUCACCGAGAGCCGCUUCUCCGACCCCAGGAUGCAUUACCCAGGUGCCAUGUCAGCUGCCUUCCCCUACAGCGCCUCUCCCUCGGGCACCGGCCUGGGCAGCCUGGGCGUGGCGGGCAUGCCAGCCGCCAGCCGCUUCCACCACACCUACCUCCCGCCGCCCUACCCCGGGGCCCCGCAGAGCCAGAGCGGCCCCUUCCAGGCCAACCCUGCGCCCUACCACCUCUACUACGGCGCCUCCUCGGGCUCCUACCAGUUCUCCAUGGUGGCCACAGGCAGUGGUGAGCGCUCGCCCACCCGCAUGCUGGCCUCCUGCCCCAGCAGCGCCGCCUCCGUGGCCGCGGGCCACCUCAUGAACCCCGGCUUGGGCCAGGCGGACGGCGUGGAGGCCGACGGCAGCCACAGCAACUCGCCCACCGCCCUGAGCACGCCGGGCCGCAUGGACGAGGCUGUGUGGCGGCCCUACUGACCGCCCGCCGUGCGGACCCCAGCCCUCCGCGCGGCGACCCUGCGCCCACAGGACUCGGGUCGCAGAGGUUCCCGUGGCAGCCCGGCCUCACGGAUGUACUGACGUCCCCAAGACACUGCCCAGCCCAGACCCUCCGCCUCUCCUCCGGCCGCCGCCCAGCUGGGAAGAAGCCAGGGAACCCCUGUGGUCUGCGCACCACCUGAAGCUCCAUGGGCCAUGCCCACCCUCUGCAUUGACACUCACUGAGUCAGAACUGGAAGCCCCUCCACCCCCCCCCACCCGGUACCGGAUCCUCUCUCUGUGGAGGGGGUGAGGGCACCCCCAGACAAUCCUCUGCCUGCCCCCUAGCACCUGCCAGCCCACAGCAGACCCGCGCGGCCCCUGUCCCGGGCCCUCUACGUGCCUCCCAGACCCUACUGCUCCUCCCGCCUGCCCCACAGGUCUCCCUGGAAGGUCUGACCCAUGCCAUUUUUGAGAGAGAACUUGAAGGCCAGACAGGUCCCAGCAGAAAGGGGACGUCCCUGUCCCCUCGCUCUCUGGAGCUGUAGCUCUCACCCGCAGCCUCCAGACCCCUGCGCUCGCCUCUCCACCCUGUUCUUCACUCCACAAGCCAACGUGAACCAAAACCAGUUUUUAAAACUGAUUUCAGGAAAAGCAGCUUCACCAGACAUUUUGAAACUAGGCCUCUUACAGAUAAAAGCUCUCUGACUGUGAGCAGCCCACUGCCGGGACCCCCACCUCCCUCCCCAGACUCACGUUUCUACAUGCAGGCGACCGAGGGAGGCACCUGACCAUCGUGGCCCAGGGGCUCAGGCUGGGGGUCCUGUCUCAGUUCUAGUCCUGGAAAGCCCAGGAGAGAUCACCAGGGCUGGCCAGGCUCCGUGGCUGUGGAAAUCUCCCCUCAGUAUUCCUCAGUGAGGGCCACCAUGCCACCCCCAGCUGUGAUCACAGCCACGUUACGAGCCUGGCAGGCUGGGGGCCUGUGAUCCCUGCACACCUCUCCUGCUGUAGUUUGCUCUUGUCCUGCCCUCCCUGGGCAAAGCAAUGGCUGCCUCUUUAACUUAGUGGCUGGGGUGACCUGCGGGCUCUCUGGCCCCUUCUCAGGAAGCAGUUGCAAGUCCACUGCCCUCUUGCCUGCGCUACUCCCAGUCUGUGCUGUGACCUGGGCCAGGACAGCCAGGGAGGCAUCUGGGUUCCUGAUACCCAGCACUUUGUAGCCCACCCUAGAAGAAAUGACUACCCCUUCCUGGUACCUAAGCCCUGGUGGGACAGGAAGUAAAAUUCCCCCUCCCCCUCAGGCCUGACAGUAUCAGCAGCUGGGCUGGUAAAAAUGGGUCCUUAUUUGCAAGGCUGCUUUAAAGUCAUGGUAGGCCAGUGCACUGAAUAGGAAACACCAGAGAGCAAAAAGUUCUGACACAGUGUUGCUGUGAGCAGUUCGGAUCCUCCGUGGCUUUGUCCGGAAGCCGCUUGGAGCCCAGGGGAAGGGAGGGUGGAACUGCUUUGCACUAGCGUCUGCUUGGUGUGUUUCUGAUGCACAACUUGCUUGUACAGUAAAUGUCUUCUGUACUAUUUAACUGUAAAGUGGAAUUUUGACCGAUUUGUUACAAUAAUAUAAACUGAAUGUGUUGAAGGA